GCCAUGACGCCGGGCCGGUGUGUGUCCGUCUGUGUGUGUGUGAGUGUGCGCGCUCUGCGUGUUUGUAUGUGUGUCCGCCCGGCAGGUCCCGGAUGUUGCGGACAGUAUGAGGUGAGCGCACGGGGACGGGGACCAGCAGCUGUCGCGUCCGUUCUCAGAUGGGGAAGGCUGAAGCAAAAAGAGAUAAAGUCAUCUGCCCUGAACCACACAAGUCUUUCACAGAGUUGAGAAGACAUUACAGAUGUCCUGAAUUCCAGUUCCUUGCUAUAACCUCUACAUUGUGAUUUCUCCAUGUAAACUCUUGUACCCUUUUGAUGGCAGAACUCUGGAGUGGCUUAGGGGGAAAAUAUCCUUCCCAAAGCAAAGCAUAUCUAUUUUCUUCAGAGAGACAAAAAGGAAGGGAGAGGCUUCUUUGUGGAUAUUUGACUUCACUUAGGAACUCCAUUAUCAUUAUCAACAAGCAGGGUGAAGACUAAAUAGAAUUUUUUUUCUUCUAAACUUGGAAAUCGAGUUUAACCUUCAAACUGGCGAUGUCAAGGGUCCCGAGUCCUCCUCCUCCGGCAGAAAUGUCGAGUGGUCCUGUAGCUGAGAGCUGGUGCUACACGCAGAUCAAGGUAGUGAAAUUCUCCUACAUGUGGACCAUCAAUAACUUUAGCUUCUGUCGGGAAGAAAUGGGUGAGGUCAUUAAAAGUUCAACCUUUUCAUCAGGAGCCAAUGAUAAACUAAAAUGGUGUUUGCGGGUGAAUCCAAAAGGGCUAGAUGAAGAAAGCAAAGAUUACUUGUCUCUAUACCUAUUAUUGGUCAGCUGUCCAAAGAGUGAAGUUAGGGCAAAGUUCAAAUUCUCCAUCCUGAAUGCCAAAGGAGAGGAAACGAAGGCAAUGGAGAGCCAGAGAGCAUACCGGUUUGUACAAGGCAAAGACUGGGGAUUCAAGAAGUUCAUCCGAAGAGAUUUUCUUUUGGAUGAAGCUAAUGGUCUCUUACCUGAUGAUAAACUCACCCUCUUUUGUGAGGUGAGUGUGGUGCAGGAUUCAGUCAACAUUUCUGGCCAGAAUACCAUGAAUAUGGUGAAAGUCCCUGAGUGCCGGUUGGCAGAUGAGUUGGGAGGACUCUGGGAAAAUUCUCGCUUCACAGAUUGCUGCUUGUGUGUUGCUGGCCAAGAGUUCCAAGCUCACAAAGCUAUCUUAGCAGCCCGUUCUCCUGUUUUCAGCGCCAUGUUUGAGCAUGAGAUGGAAGAGAGCAAAAAGAACCGGGUGGAAAUCAAUGAUGUGGAGCCAGAAGUUUUUAAGGAAAUGAUGUGCUUCAUUUAUACUGGCAAGGCCCCUAACCUAGACAAAAUGGCUGAUGAUCUUCUGGCAGCUGCAGACAAGUAUGCCCUGGAGCGUUUAAAGGUCAUGUGUGAAGAUGCACUCUGCAGUAGCCUGUCCGUGGAGAAUGCAGCAGAGAUUCUCAUCCUGGCUGACCUGCACAGUGCAGAUCAGUUGAAAACUCAGGCAGUGGAUUUCAUCAACUAUCAUGCUUCAGAUGUCAUGGAGACCUCUGGAUGGAAGUCCAUGGUGGUUUCACACCCCCACUUGGUGGCCGAGGCAUACCGCUCCCUGGCUUCAGCACAGUGCCCUUUCUUGGGGCCCCCACGAAAGCGCCUGAAGCAGUCCUAAGGCCCCUGCUUAUUGCAGGACCCAAUUUUUUUCCCAGAAGCAGCAGCACGUUUGCUGUCCUUGACCACUACGUAGAGGCAGCUCAGUCUGUGGAGCUUUUACUCUAUUAUGGGGGGAAAGACUGUUCCAUGACACCCUGACUUUUAAAAACAGCACCAAGUAACUUGAGGGGAAAUAGGGGGAGGGGAGGGCCUGGGGCUCGGGGCAGUUCAUCCUAACGAAAACCCUGUUGCUGCAUUGUCUGUGUGUUCCCUUCAGCUUGGACAAGUCGAUCCUCCAGGGAUUUGGUUUAGGUGCUGACAUCCCAAAAGACAUCCAGAAGGUGGUACUAGGGUCUAACCCAUCUCUGCAUCUGACAGCACAGAACAGAUCAAAUCGUCAGGUGUCUGGACUAAAAAAAAAAACAACACAAAAAAGGACAUUUAGUUUUUAAGAGAAGGGGAAGAACAAAGGAAGAGGAGGAAAGAAUUUUUGAUGGAAUUUCUCAAAAGGCCGUUUCUGGAGGAUUCCAGUAGUAUUUAUGUUGAGAGAAAGAAACUUUAGCCCUUUCAGCUGUGCUAAAACUGGGACGUUUACAAAAACGCCUUACAUCGUACAGCCAACAGAAGAGCAGUUCUCUCUUGUUAUUAGCACUUAUAUGUUGUUUGCAAAAACGGAAAAUACCCUUUAUCUUUCUGUGGGGAAAAAAACAAGUGAAGGUGAGAGGCGGAGAGGAGGCCCUCUGGUCUGGGAGACAAGAACUCGGACGUGGCGCCCUUUGCAAAGAAUCUUUAUUGGUUUUGAAGAACUGGGAAAAAACAAACCUUCAUCCCAAUCUUGUACUUUCUUGACAAGAACUGUGCUUCUCUGUUUUUAGAUAUUGUGGAAAAUGGCAUUUUUCUCUCAUUUUACUUCUCUCUCCUCUUUCUCCCCAUCCCCUUUUUUUUCAAAAGGGUGGGAAAAAAAAAACACUAACACAUUGUUAGUUGUUCACUAACACUGCGUGGGAAAAAAACACUGAAAAAACUAACGCACGGUGUUAAUUGUUCACUAACACUGCGUGGAAUAAAACACUAAAAACACUAAUACGCAGUGUUGUUCGCUAACACUGCGUGGAAAAAAACCCCACUAAAAACACUAAUAUGCAGUGUUAGUUGUUCACUAAUACUGCAUGAAAAAUUCCUGGUCCUGAGAUGCUCAGUUCUUUGUACCUGACUUGCCGCCUGCAUAGGAGCCAGUCCUGUUCUUUUCCUUUCCUGUCUCCCCUGGGGAGAACUUCCAAAUAGUCAUUUUUUUUCUUUUUGAAAAUAUAAAUAAUUACUAUUUUGUACUGUGUGGUAUCCCUGGUUUUCCUUUUUUUUCCCCCCAUUCCACUCCUUUGGCCUGCCUCCUAGAUUGGAGGCACCUGUUCAAGGGAAUUCCCAGAGCUGGUUGGCUCCCUAAACUACAACUGGCCAAUGCCACUCUUCCAGAUGUCCUUUUAAAAAGAGUGAUUCUAUUCUCAAUGCCUGAGCAGCAUUGAUUCAAUGUCUUUUCAUGGAAAAUAGGGUCAGAAUUAUUUUUUUCAUGCUGCCGACUCCUGCCAGUCCCCUGCCCUUGCACCUUCGUGCUGCACUUUCACUCUGUUAGGGUUUAGUCCUUGGGGUUGCCAAGAUGGGAGCCUAGUAUAGAAAUGGGAGUAGCAAAGCCUGUCCUUUCUGAAAGUCCUAAGAAUUGUGUCUGCUCUCAUACCAAAUUACAGAACUAACAUUCCCUUAAGACCUCAUCUAGCAACUAAACAGAAUCACUAAGCAAAUGGACAUGAGUACAGUGACAUACAGUCAGACUGAAUUGACAUGUGUUGGCGCCUCUUGCUUUGUUGACUAGUUAGUAUCUCUGUAAAUUAUGCUCUCAGAAGAGCUAAACUUCGAGUUAUCCAGCACACAUCUGGCCAUCUUCUAUGCCCCAUUCACAGCGGUACUCGUGAACCAUAGAGCCACAGAUGGACUUAAACAAAAAAAAUGCAUUCGCAGUCCCUGGCCUGUGGAACUUUUUUUGAGCUCAGGUCAAGGCUUAACCUUAUUUUAGGGCAGGCUCUCUCCAACAGUAUAUAGGAGGAAAAUCCUGAAUAGAUAGUCUUUUUAAUCAGUAUAACCGAGGGCAAGAUUUGGAAUCUGCCACAAUCUCCUACCACACACCAUCAGAACUAAAGUCUGACCUCAUUUUGUUAACAGUACCUUUGUAAAGGAAUAGGCUGCAAGUUCUCUGACUUGUAACUUCAUGUUUCCCCAACCUUUGAAGUUGAUACAAAGGACAAGCCAGCUACAUAGCUGGCAUUUAUCCACACUAUCUCUUGCAUAGCGAAUAAUCAUUUGUAUUGUGUUGUAAGGUUCUCAAAGUCCUUUCAUGUGUGUUUUCUCAUUUGAUCUUCCCAAGAGGUAGGGAGAGUAGGGAUGUUAUCCCAGGUUUACAGAUAAGGAAGGGCCCGAUCUACUAAAGAGGCAGAGGUAGGACCAGAAUCUGUGUGGUCUGACUCUGGUCCAUUUCUCCCAAGGCUCCAUAAUUAGCCUAAGGAAGCUUCAUUCUUGGUAGAAAAAUUGAGCUUAGGUGAGAUUUUUCCACUGGGGGAAGCAAGAACAAUGCUAUGUUGUUAUUCCUUAGGUGGUUCUUAGUGAACAAACUGUAUUUAGAAUUUGAUUCCUCAUUCCUUCACUGAAAGAUUAGAUAUUUGGGCAAGUAAACAGGGAUUUGUGUAGCUUCUGGAAGGCCAUGAUUCUGGGACUCCCGAAGGAUGUGUUUCUUCUUCUGGGAUUAUCCAAGGUUUGUGAAAAUUCCAGUUUGAGCUUUACAUAGGAAUCAAUAUAAUCCAAGCAUCUCAGGUGAAGCUGCUAUAUAGGUGUCCUAUUCUUGUUAUUGUUAUUAUUAUUAGGUGGUGUUUGUUUUUCUCUAAAUGAUACAGUUGGAGCCAUCUGGUUAUGACAACAUCAGAGCCACAGCAUACUGUUCAUAAACCUCCCACUGUCACCAGCCCCUCCCCCAGCUCCCUCACAUCUGAAAUUUAAUUCAAGUUAACUCCACAAUCUGUGGCAUGUGCUGUCACUGCAGAGAUGUCCGUGCCAGUAGAACAGUUGGAGAUUUCAAUUCCACAAGGAUAUGGCUUAUUUAUCAAAACAAUAUUUCAGGCAAGUGGUUUCAUAGAACCUUUGGAGCUGUGGUUUUGGGUCCAGAUAGAGCAUUUAAAAUCAGCCCCUUUUGUUCCCUCCUCCUUAACAGGCCCUUCUUAGAAUUUAUUUCCAUUCUUUCUGGGGAGAUCAAACCUCUAUUGCCCAUUUUUUUCUUCAGGACCUCCAACUCCUUUUUUGAUUUUAACAACUUGGGUAAGAAGUCCCUGUUUCCUUAUCAAUAAUAAAGUUACUGGCUUUUUAAACAAGAAA